UCAUCCGACCGAUUGUUCAGGGUUAGCUCGACUCUAGACAAGAGCUUGAGCAAAAAGUUCCUAACUGACGGGAAUCCUGAAACCUGUUGGUCUUCGACACAGGGAACGCCGCAACAUGUUGAGCUGGCGUUCGAAAACCCUGUCAUUCUUCGCAACCUAUCACUCACCUUCCAAGGGGGGUUCGUGGGCACUAGAUGUGCCAUCUACAUCAAGAGCGGAGAGAAUGCCACACAGGAUGGGAACACCACGGAUGCAAGACAAUGGGAACUCGUUGAAAGGUAUUAUCCUGAGGAUGUUAACAGAAAACAAAUAUUUCCCAUCCAGACACAGCUGGAGCCAAAGAGAAGUUGUGAACAGCUACGGAUUGUCUUCGAACAAAGCUCAGAUUUUUUUGGACGGGUUGUGGUAUAUGAUUUAGAUUUGGAUGGAGAUACAUUGAUUGAAUCGUAG